GAAAUAUAAUAAGUAAAUUGUUAGUUAAACAAAUUACUUUGUGUUUUGGUAUAAUCUGCGCUUAAAAUAAUAAAAAAAUGAAAAUCUGUGGUCCAAAGUUGUCACUCUGUGGCUUAAUCAUUUCUGUAUGGGGAAUCAUACAAUUGGUGCUUAUGGGUUUAUUCUUCUACAUACACAGUGUUGCACUAAUUGAGGAUUUGCCCUUGGAAGAAGAAUACAAGACACUUGAGGAGUUCUAUGAUGCCGCAAAUACUGCUUACAGUCAGAACGCCUACAAUUGUUGGAUAGCCGCCUGCAUCUAUGUGCUAACAUUAUUACUAUCAGCACAACAAUUCUACGUCAAUAGCCGAGUAACAGCUAACUAAGCAAGCACACAGAAUUGAAGUUUUAACAAGACAGAUAUCAUCAACUAAAAUGGGAACUUCUUUAUCUGUUCCCAUAAUGGUCUUCAAUUAAGAUUAUGUUUAAAAACUUCACUUUCAAACCAAUCACUUUAAAAACAAUCGCCAUUAUGUUUAUCAUUUUAUUGUAAAAUUUUGAUUUAAACAUGGAAUAUAUUUGUUAAAAUUUUUUUUCUAAACUAUUUUGCGACUAUCACUUUUUGCCAAAUAUAACAUAAAAUGUAUAGAUAAUAAUAUUAUUUGUAAAACUAAU